AUGUUGACUAAAAGCAUUGUGGGUAAAACAUGGGGUGAAUUGCAUAAGGUUACCAUUUGCUCUAGAACCGGUGGAUGCAGUGUGUGACCCGACCCUUGGUCCAGUCGCUACCUCCCCGCUCUGAUGCAGCGGAUCGCCGGCCUCGCUGCACGGAUCCCCCGCCUCGCUUCCAGCGCAGCUGGGGUUCAGACCGGAGACAGCGGCUUGAUCUGCUGCAAACAGCCGGCGGUAGGGCUGCUGCACCGGUGGCAACAGUGGGCGUGUUUGUGUGCGGUGUCCGGCCGUCCUCUCAGCGCGGAACCCGGGCAGAGAGGCUCCAGGCGGAGGUUCAUUGCCGGGGAAAGAUGCAGACUGUUCAGCUCCCAGGCUGGAGCCGAGGAGCCGCCGGGGAACCCCGGUUCCCAGCCCCACAUCUCUGUUGUCGGCAACCCAGACCCACUCACCUGGAUCAGGUGUAAAUUCAUAACGUUCCUGGUCGACCUUUACUUUGAAGUGGACAUAAACUCUGCAGAGUUUCACAGAGGAGUGAAGCAGGCUUUGGUCCAUGUUUCCAGCAAGAUGUCCAGAGGGAGAUACCAUGAACUGAAAGGGGUCUUGACCGAUGAGAUGAGGGAAUAUGUGGAGGAGAAGUGCAAGCUUCUCACUAAGGCUCAGAGGAGGCAGCUUGCUGUCAACAUGGAGGACAUCAUAUUUGUGCUACUGGAGGACAUCUCGGUGGUCUUUGAUAAGCACGGUAGGACGUUCUGCUUCGUCGCUAUAAGAUUUUGGGUCCUGUCGUCACAUGAGGGCCCUGAUGACCCAGAGGGCACCAAAAUCUUCAAGGUGGCCUCUAGUGAAGACGGGAGCCCACAGAAGAAACUGGCAACCGCUGUUUAUGAAUUCCACGGAGAGCUAAAAACAGGGACCUCUCCUGAUUGGAUGGUAACAACUGUCUGGCACUGGCACUGGAAAGUGGCUGCAUGAUUUCACUUUGUAACAUCAUCAGGAAGCAACAGGAGGACUGUCUGCUGAACUUACAUUGAGAGGACAUGCAACCAGAUUUCAGUCACGGGGGAAAAUACUUGUGGCUCUUAUGCAUUCAGAUGCUCAUGUGGGUUGGAGCUAGGACGUCAUUUCACAAAAAAUGCGUUUCACAUGUACACAUUGAACCGGCGUUGUGAAAUCAUUCCACUCUGGGACCCGGUUUGAAAAAAAUACAGUUUUUUGUCUCCCAAAAUGCCAGAUCCGUUUGGACGCAACACCUUAACGACAAAAUACUUGUAUAGAUACACCUGAGCUCGUCUCCGUGUGGACAGGGCCCAAGACCUCUGCCUAGAAAAUUCCCCCCAGAUCAGACAUGCAAUGCUCAUAGAAAAUGACAACAAAUUUUAUUUAGUAGAUAUUGUCAGAUAGUCUUUUUUUUUUUUUUUUUAAGAGGUCAUACUAUGAGUUGUUUUUAAUUGUUCUAAGGGCAUAAAUGGCUCUUUGGAUUGUAAAGCCCCUGGUCUAGGCUAUCCAACAGCUGAGAUUUGGUCCAAAGUGGAUCAACAGGACGGGGAUCCCAAACACACUAACACAUCUUCAACAUGGCUGAAAAAGAAAUAAACCAAGAUGACUGAUGAUUGUGUGUUUUCUCACACACUUCUUCUGCAUUUUGGUUUUAUUUUCUAAUAACAAAUAACGUCAUUAGUAUGAUAUGAGAUUUUGUUCAUCCGUGAUUGCUUUUAACUAACUUUUAAGACCUGUUCAAGACCAUGCUUUCAUGUUCUUCUAUGCAAAUGAAACAUUGAAAAUGGGUAACCUGCUUUUAGCAUGACUGUAAAAAACAUAUCCUAUUUGAACUAUUCUCUUGAUGCCUUUAUUGCUCCAGAACAUUUUAAUGUUAAGAUAUUAAAAAUGUUGCCACAUACAGUUACACUCCUUUAGGUUGGUCUGUCAGUAGUUCUUUUUUAUGACUUUAUUAAGAGAAAACACAAAACCCAUUUGGCAUUUCAUCAGAUGGUAAGUAUGAAAUCUCCAAAACAGCUGGUAAAACCAAUGAAAUAGAGGUUGUUCUCUUUUUAUUUUACUCCAUUCUGAUUGAUUUGGUUUAAACUAUUUUACCAAAGUCAAGAAUGUUACUCAGGACCACUGAGUUUUGUAUUAUUUUGUAUAAAUAAACAGCUUGAUCUUAACUUGA